AUGAACUUCACAACACUUCUUGCUCUUCUUUUAUCACUACUAGCCGUCGGAGCCUUCAACGUCGAUUUUCCCCAAUACUAUGGAGGAUACGGGCAGAUAAGACGAGAUGGAGAGGAACAAUACGCAAAAAGAGCGAUGCCGAUGAAGUUCCGAAGAUCCCCGCUUGAGGGAUUCGAAGAGUUUUCAUCUAUGAUGAGAUCGAUAGACGGAAUUCAAAAACCAAGGUUCGGAUGA